GAAAUGCGUGUUGCCACUUGCAAACCCAAAUCUGUGAGGGAGUUUAGAAAACACUGAUUUCUUCUUGUAAUCAAACGAAGCAGAUUUGGAGUUGCGAGUUUGAACGUGUGACCCGUUGACAUCGGACUCAUCGAACGGUUGGAGACUGUUCCAUACGAGGGUGACAAAACCAAACCAGAGAGAGCACCAUAAUAAUCCAUUUUUUGUUUGUUUGUUUGUUUCGGGAAUCUGAGAACCAAACAAGCCCUUAUCAUAACUCUAUCUAUCUUUCUCAGGCCCAACCAAACCAUUUCCUUCUUCCUUUCUUCUGUCAUUCAUUCUCAUUCUCCUUCGUCACUUCGUUCGUGAUUACUAAUUAGCACCGAAAAUGAGUGCGUUGGAUACAACUAGGGCAGAACUUGGUCUUCUUGUCUUAUAUUUGAACAAGGCUGAAGCAAGGGACAAGAUUUGCAGAGCAAUACAGUAUGGUUCCAAAUUUUUGAGCAAUGGUGAACCUGGUACUGCCCAGAAUGUUGACAAAUCAACCAGCUUGGCACGAAAAGUUUUCCGUCUAUUUAAGUUUGUCAAUGACCUGCAUGGUCUGAUAAGUCCAACACCACAGGGUACUCCCCUCCCCUUGAUUCUGUUGGGAAAGUCCAAGAAUGCAUUACUCUCCACUUUCUUGUUUCUUGAUCAAUUUGUGUGGCUUGGUAGGACCGGCAUCAUCGAGAACAAAGAACGUACCGAACUACUUGGCCGGAUUUCUCUUUUCUGUUGGCUGGGUUCCUCAGCGUGCACCACCUUGGUUGAGCUCGGGGAGCUCGGAAGACUCUCUACAUCAAUGAAGAAGUUAGAGAAAGAACUCAAAAACACUAACAAAUAUGAUAAUGAGCAAUACCGCGCCAAGCUACAGAAGUCAAAUGAGAGGACACUAGCACUUGUCAAAGCAAGCAUUGAUAUAGUGGUAGCAGUUGGACUGCUUCAAUUGGCACCCAAGAAAGUCACUCCUCGUGUGACUGGAGCAUUUGGAUUUGUUUCAUCUCUAAUAUCUUGCUAUCAGUUGCUUCCUGCCCCAGUCAAGUCUAAAACAUCUUAAACAUGGAAGAAUAGACUGGUUCUCGUCAUGCUUCAUCGUUGUUAAAUAAUUAUAUGAAUUUGUCAGGAAAUGUUGAUUGGUAUGAACAUAGACCAACUUUCCUCUUAGUAGAAAACAAUGGCAUGUUUAAGAUUGUCUUCAGAAAACCUUUACAUUGUUUGGAGUAUGUGUCUAUUUUGGUCUAAAGAUAUAUGCAACAUCAAAUUAGUUUUUCA